AUGGCGAACACAACCAAUCCUUUGAACUACCCAACCUUCCAUCUCACAUUGAACGAUGAACUUUCUGAAAGAUUGAUUACCAUUUCACUCAUGAUCGGGGCAAUCUGCUUCACUUCAUACGUUUUGACUCGAACAUGGGGGCCAAAGGUGCCCUUUUUUGGUACCAAGUCUCAAUGGGAGCCCUUCGUGGUUUCGAGCUUUCGAUUCCUAUUCUAUGCAGAGGAUGUACUCCUUGAAGGUUAUAGAAACUGCAAAGACAAAGUCUUCCAAUUUCGCCGAGCAGACCGAGAUAUCCUAGUUCUGCCGCCUAAGUUCGUCGAUGAGAUACGCAAGCUCCCGAACAAUGUGGCGAGCCCUAUUGUUGCCCAUGCCAAGAAUUUAUUAGGCCCGACGACCAACAUGAAUAUCAUUCUCCAGAGUAACCUGCAUACUCGUGCUCUGCAGUUGAAGUUGACGCCUAAUAUCAACCGUCUUGUUCCCAGCAUGCAAGAUGAAGCUGGACUUGCCAUAGAGCAUGACUGGGAGCCCAUCAAGCCUUACUAUGCACUUCUUGAUGUCGUGGCCCGCGUCAGUGCCAAAACCUUUCUCGGAAAGCCACUCUGCCGUAACGAAGAUUGGUUGGAAAUCACAAAGAACUUCACUGAAAAUGGCAAGUCUGCCUUCGGUGCCAUCAUCAUAUUGCGUCUGCUACCGCAAUGGACUCAUUGGCUGGUUAGCUGGCUUAUUCCUUUCUCAUACAAAGGUGCCGCUUAUCUCAGGAAGGCCAAAAGCAUCUUGGUACCGGAAAUUGAGCGACGAGUGGAGAUGAAGCGCCAAGGUACUGCGAUGGGAGAAGACCUUGAAAACACACAUCUAUCAUGGAUGAUCGAUAUCGCAACCGAAGAAGAAUGUGAUCCUGCUUUCCUGGCACACCUGCAAGUUGUGAUGGCCCUUGCAUCAAUUCAUACUUCGAAGAUGAAUGUCAUCAACGUUCUAUACGAUCUUCUAGCUUAUCCCGAAUACCUCGAGCCCCUCCGAGAGGAGAUCCAAGAGUUGGCCAAAGAGAAACCUUGGAAGACUUGGGGCCGACUGGAAUUCGGGAGACUCCGCAAAUUGGAUUCUUUCAUGCGAGAAUCCCAACGUGUCAACCCCCCCCACUCUCCUCUCCAUGCACCGGGUGGUGUCCGAGAAGACCGAGCUUUCUGA